CUCCCUCCUGCCGCAAGCCCGCAGCUGCCUCUUUCGCCCUCUCACUCGCCUCUCCCUCCUGCCGCAAGCCCGCAGCCCGCCUCUUUCGCCCUCUCACUCUCCUUCUCCCUCAUCCUCUCUCUCGUCCUCUCACUCUCCUGCUCCCUCGACCGUCUCUAUCGCCAGAUCGACCUCAUCUUGCUCGCCGCCAUAGAUCAGAUCCUCAUCAGAUCUGUGCAUCUCCGUCCCUCCACCUUAGAUCUGUGAAGGCGGAGGAGUGACGCCGGAAGAGUGAAGGCCUGUGAGGGAACGAGAGGCGGUCCACUUCGCUGGUCGACUCGUCAUCCGUCACUUUUUGCUAUCAGGUCCAUACUGAUGAGACAAGGAGCAGUCUUCAAUUUGCAACCAGGGCACUACGUGUGACAAACUGAGUACAAGUGAAUGAGAAAUAUAUUUUCAGGCUCCUCGAAGAGUGCUCCUUGAAGAUUUACUGCUCGAGUUUAAGAUUCGAUUUCUUGACCCGACAUACCUUGGUUCAAGUACCUGAAUCCGGCUCACUCACAUGCUGAAACUUCGAGUCCUCCUCAAUUGGCCGCAUUCUGCAGUUUUACAGAUCGUUGGGCGAGACAGAGGCAGGAAUCCCUCGAGGUUGAUCGAUUGCUGUCAACUCGGCGAUUCGUUUUGGUGAAGGGGAGCUCGAUCGGAGGUGAUCUUGUUCGAUCUGAGAAACGGUAAGCGGAGAUGAGUCUGAAGCAGAUUUUGACGUCAGCGGCGCUCAAGGGAGUGACGGAGGCGAGGGCUAGGAUCUUCGGGCACGUUCUCAACCCGACGGGGCAGAGAUCUCCUCACAAAAUCCUUCGGAAGAAGCUGAUCGGCGAUAAGGUGGCGGAGUGGUACCCGUACGACAUCAAGAAGGACGACCCCCUGGUGAUGGGGAGGCUCGAGCACGAGCGCUUGGCGAAGCUCGAGAUGCUGAAGCGUCGAGGGAAGGGCCCGCCCAAGAAGGGACAGGGCAAGCGUGCCGUUAAGCGCAACAAAUAAACACUGGAUGCAUUUUGGGUAGGUGAUGCUCUUUUCUGAUCUGUAGGAGUUUGAGCAGUUGAUGAUGAACUGCCGUGAAAGUGUGUGAUUAUUUGUUUCGAAUGGAUGAAAUGAGAAAUUGGAUUGUAGUGUCAA